CAGAUGCUGCAACCCUCGUGCAUAGCGCCCCCCUCCAUCUCUCCGGUGCGCCUGCGUGCUGAGACACACACCGACACAGAGCGUCCGUCCGCCUGGACCGACAGGAGGAGAGAGAGAGAGACAGAGACUGAGGGGGGAUACCGGGGGCAGUAACGGUAACGGAGGCAGUAACGGUGACGUGAUGUGAUGCGAUGCCGCGCGGGAUCACGGUAACGUAAGAACAGCAGCAGCAAGAGGAGGAGGAAGAGGAGGAGGAGGAGGACAGUCGAGGCUGAGCCGGGGAGGAUGCAGCAGUGAUCGGUACCGGGAGGAGGGGAACACAUCCGACCGAGCCUGCACCGACCCGAUCUGAUGUAAAGCAGCAGGGAUGGACGGGUAGGCAGGGAGGAGGCGCGAGGAGCGGAGCGAGCGACGGUACAUAACGGAGGAGAGAGCGCGAGGAGGAGGAGGAGGGCGGCGGAGCAGCGCGAGGAGGAGGAGGGAGGAUGAAUCCGGUGGAUGGAGGAGGAGAAGCGGGCCCGGACGGCCUGGCGACGGCAGGUUCUGGUAAAGCCGAGUGUGUCCGGGCAGUCGAUGUCCUGACGGUACUCAGAGAGAAAGUGGCCUUCGUAUCGGGUGGACGGGACAAACGAGGUGGACCAAUCCUGACCUUCCCUGCGAGGACCAAUCAUGAUCGAAUAAAACAGGAGGACCUCAGUCGGCUGGUCACUUACCUGUCCACGAUACCCAGUGAGGAUGUGCGUGCUCGUGGCUUCACCGUGGUGGUGGACAUGCGCGGCAGUAAGUGGGACAGUGUGAAGCCAGUACUGCGAACGCUGCAGGAGUCAUUUUCCUCCAACAUCCACACAGCGCUGCUCAUCAAACCUGACACCUUCUGGCAGAAACACAAGACCAACCUGGGCAGUGCCAAGCUCAGCUUCGAGACAAGCCUGGUGUCCGUGGAGGGUCUGUCCCGGCUUGUCGACCCCUCCCAGUUGACCUCUGACCUCGGCGGCUCAUUGGAGUAUGACCAUGUAGAGUGGACUGAGCUACGCCUGGGCCUGGAGGAGUUCUCAGGGGCCGCCACACAGCUGCUGGCCCAGCUGGAACAGCUAGAGGUCGGACUGAACCGCAUACCAGAGCCGCAGGAUGUUGAUGAGGCCCGCAAACUUCUUGAGGAACAUGGUCGUCUCCGUAAUACUAUUGCCACCGCACCAGUUGAUGCCCUUGACCGAGAAGGCCGGUGUUUACUCCAACGUAUGCGCCUUGGCCCUUCACACGGUGACACCUCUAAUGAAGGUGGUGGGGGGGGUGGCAGCCACGGCAGCUGGCUGUCAGGUGGGGCGGACUUCCAGAGCGUGGCUCCAAAGGUUUCGUCCCUGCUGGACCGACUGCAGGCGGCUCGCACCCACCUCCUGCAGACCUGGAGUGACAAGAAGCUGCACCUGGACCAGGCGCUCCAGCUACACCUCUUUGAGCAGGACGCCACCAAGAUGUCCGAGUGGAUCGCUCACAGUAAAGAACUGUUCAUGCAAAGCCUGGUGGAGGUCGGUCAGAACCACCAGCACGCUGUCGACCUCCAGACACAACACCAGCACUUCACCGCCAACUGCAUGAAUGGCAGCGUGAACGUGGACAGCGUUGUCACUGUGGCGGCAAGGCUCGCAGAGGCUGGUCAUUAUGGUGCAGAACGGAUCGCCAUGGUUUCGUCAAAAUUACAGGAGGACUGGAAGUCCCUGACCACGGCACUGGAGGAGCGCAGCAACACGCUCGCCAUGGCAACCGGCUUCCACCAGGGGGCAGAACAGUUCCUGCAUCGGGUGGAGGGCUGGGUUCAAGUGUGCUCUGAAGGGUCACUGCCAUCGGCGACAGCAGAGCUGGAAGCUGCUGUAAAAAAACACCAGGAGCUCAAUAAAGAGAUCUCUGCAAACUACACAGAGGUCAGCGAGAGUGGUAAAGCAUUACUGGAUGUCCUCCAGCGCUGCCCAGCAUCAGAUUCUGACGAAUCAGUGCCCAAACCUGACUUCACUGCCGCCACACACAGCAUCAUGGGAGUUCUCCACCAAGUGAUGCAGGGUCACCAUGAAGUGGAGAGGGCAUGGCAACACCGCAAGCUCCGCCUCCAUCAGCGCCUGCAGCUGUGUGUGUUUCAGCAGGAUGUUAAACAGGUGUUGGACUGGGUGGAGCAGCAUGGUGAGGUUUUCCUGAACAAACACACUGGUGUGGGGAAAUCUCUGCACCGAGCACGAGCCCUGCAGAAACGCCACGACGACUUCCAGCAGGUCGCACAGAACACAUACACCAACGCAGAGAAGCUUCUGGAGGCAGCAGACCAGCUGGCUCAGUCUGGAGAGUGUGAAGAGGAGGAGAUUUACCAGGCGGCCCGAGACCUGGAGCUCCGCAUGCAGGCCUUUAUCCAGCGUGUUGAACAGAGGAAGUUGCUGCUGGAUCUCGCUGUGUCUUUCUACACGCAUACAAAGGAGCUCUCAGCGUGGAUGGAUGGACUCCAGAAACAGCUCUCCUCAGAUGUCCUUGUAUGUCCAGACACUGUGGAGGCUCUUCAGACUCUCAUAAGCCAGCAGCAGCAGCAGCAGGCCAACACACAGGAAGCUGCGAUGAGUGUCAUCCGGGAGGGAGAAGACCUCAUCCUGCAACUGAGGCCCCAGGGCAGCUCGGUGGCCCAUGUGGAGUCAGUGCUGCAACAGCUGGAGGAGUCUCACGUUCAGUUGGAGGAACUUUUCCAUCAGAGGAAGAUCCGACUCGAUGUUUAUUUACAGCUGCGCAUACUGCAGCAGUGCACGCUGGAGGUUACUGGGGAAAUGGACGCCUGGAAACAAGACCUUCAGAAACAGUCCCAGGACUUCUCCACCGAGAAAAUAGCAUCAACAAGGCUAGCAGAUGCAAACCAGGACAAGCUGGCCCAGGAUAAGUUAGCACUGGGUCAGUCACGUCUAGUGGAGGCGACCCCCGAGGCACUAACAUUAGCACAGCAGCGCAUUCACAGGCACAUGGAACGAAGGCUGGCUAUGAACAACAUGAUUUAUGAGGUCAUCCAGCAAGGCCAUGACCUUCAACAGUACAUCACAGAGGUUGUGGCAUCAGGUAUCGAGCUGUCCGAGGCAGAAGGAGGAAUCUCCUCUCAGGUGGAGGAGCUGCAGCACCUCCUGCAGGACAAACAGAAGGAGCUGCAGCAGAUUGCAGAUCUCAUACACACACACCUGGAACAGAAUCUGCAGCUGAGACACCUGCAGAGCCAGGUUAAACAGGUGCUGGGUUGGAUCUCUGAGGGGGAGGUCAUGUUAUCGUCCUGCAUGUUGAAUUCCAGCUGUUUGUCUGAAGCUGAGCAACUGCAAAGGGAGCAUGAGCGUCUCCAACAGGCCAUAGAGUCUCUCCUUCAUGCUGACUCCCUGCAGAGGACCCAUCAGGUGGCCCUGGCUCUGCAGCAGAGAGCAGAGCUCUUGGUCAGGUCAGGUCAUUAUGACCCAGAUGCAGUGAGGUCUUGUGCCCAGACAGUGGCGCUACACUGGCAGACUCUGAUGCUGAGGAUUGAAGACAGACUUAAAUUAGUUAACGCAUCUGCUGCCUUCUACAGGACGUCACAGCAGGUGUGUGGUGUCCUGGAGAGUCUAGAGCAGGAGUACCGCAGGGAGGAGGACUGGUGUGCAGGAGGAGAAAGACAGCCGGAGCAGCUGGUGCCGCUCAUCAGCAAACACAUGGAGCAGAAGGAGGCAUUUCUAAAGGCCUGCACUCUGGCCAGACGGAACGCCGAAGUUUUCCUCAAGUACAUUCACCGUAACAGUGUCACCAUGGCGACCAUCUCUGGCCACAGUGUCACCGUCUCCGGGGUAACAGGGGUUGCAGAGGUCACUGGGCACUCCAGGGUGCCCGAGCAACAGGUCAAAGGUAUCCUCAGUGAGCUCCUCCAGAGAGAAAACAGAGUUCUUCAUUUCUGGACUUUAAAGAAACGUAGACUGGAUCAAUGCCAGCAGUAUCUGAUGUUCCAGAGCCACGCUCAGCAGGCUCUGGAAUGGCUACAACAGUCAGGGGACCACUACCUGGCCACACACACAUCACCUGGAGCGACAGUGGCUGAGACGCAAGAACUGCUGAACCAACACAGGGAGUUCUGCAUUUCUGCCAAGCAUACGCAGGAAAAGGUUCACCUGCUAAUCCAGCUGGCCGAGAGCAUGCUGGCUAAAGGCCACGCCCACCGCACUGAGCUCCGUCGUUGUGUUUCUACGGUUGACAAACGCUACCGGGACUUCACCGUCAGGAUGGGGCAGUACCGGCACCUGCUGGAGACGGCCCUGGGAGGCUGCUCACAGGAUAACAAGGACUUGGAGCUCGAGCUGAUCCCCAACAGUCUGUCAGACUCCGACCCCGAGGUCAACCUGUCCGAUCCAAGCCACCAAGUCAGCGAUGAGAAGAGACGUUCCGCCCGCAAGAAAGAGUACAUCAUGGCUGAGCUCCUUCAGACAGAAAGAGUCUAUGUCAGAGAUCUGCAGGAGUGUAUUGAGACAUACCUGUGGGAGAUGACGAGCGGCUCAGAGGACGUCCCACCUGGCCUUGUAAACAAGGACGAUAUUGUGUUUGGAAACAUCCAGGAUAUCUACGAGUUCCACAACAGUAUUUUCCUGAAGGAGCUGGAAAACUAUGAACAGCUUCCUGAGGAUGUUGGACACUGCUUUGUCACCUGGGCUGAUAAGUUCCACAUGUAUGUGACGUACUGCAGGAACAAACCAGACUCCAGUUUACUCAUCCAGCAACAUGGCGUGGCGUUCUUUGAGGAGGUCCAGAGAAGACACGGUCUAGCAAACUCCAUCUCCUCGGCUCUCAUCAAGCCUGUUCAGAGGAUCACCAAAUACCAGCUGCUGCUCAAGGAGCUGCUAGCGUGCUGUGAGGAGGGAAAAGGCGAGAUAAAGGAAGGCCUGGAUGUGAUGCUGAGCGUCCCAAAGAGAGCAAACGAUGCUAUGCACGUUAGCAUGCUGGAAGGUGUGGAGGAUGGUCUGGAUGUUCAGGGCGAGCUCCUGCUGCAGGACUCCUUCCUGGUUUGGGAGCCAAAGUCUUUGAUCAGAAAGGGGCGGGACCGACACCUCUUCCUGUUCGAGUUGUCACUCAUCUUCAGCAAGGAGAUCAAAGACUCGUCUGGACGGACCAAAUACAUCUACAAAAGCAGGCUGAGGACCUCCGAGCUCGGUGUAACAGAGCACAUAGAGGGUGACCCCUGUAAGUUUGCACUGUGGGUUGGACGAACGCCAACCUCAGACAACAAGACAGUCCUAAAGGCAUCAUCUUUGGAGCUGAAGCAGGAGUGGGUUCGUAGCAUUCGGCAGGUGAUCCAGGAGAGGCGGGGUCACCCGGGGGCACUUAGGGAGCCCAUCCCCCUCCCCAAGACCCCCAACCCGACGCUGGGGCGACAGCGCAGCAUCAACCGCAGGGAGACGAGCGAGGAUGCAGACAGUCUGGGUGAUGCCAGCAGUCAACCCGACACCGUCUCCAUCGCCUCCCGAACGUCACAAAACACCGCAGACAGCGACAAGCUGUCAGGAGGCUGCGAGUUAGUCGUGGUGUUGUUGGAUUUCUCUGCCGGAGGACCGGGAGAGAUCAGCGUUCGCUGCGGUCAGACGGUGGAGCUGGUGGAGCGCUCAGCAGAUCGGCCCGGGUGGUGUCUAGUCAGAACCACAGAUCAAACACCUCAACAGGAGGGUCUAUUGCCCAUGAGCACCCUCUGCCUGUCGCACUCCCACAGUGCAGCCGAUAUGGAGGGACUGCUCCCAGCCUCCACCACAUCCUCCAGCACCUCUUCUACAAGCACCACCACCUCCUCCUCCUGCAACUCAUCCUCUACCACCAUCACCUCCGCCUCUAACUCCUCCACUGUGAGCGCCGGGAGGGAGUCGAGUUUGUACAGCUCUGAAAGUUCAGGCCUCCAGACUCAGACUACUAGCCAAAGUGCCACCUCUCCCACAGUGUUUGGAGUGGGCGGGGCUCCAGCAGGAGGCGCUGUGGGCUCACCGGGGGCGAAGCGGAGCGGCUCUGGAACUGGGAACACUCUAAAGCGCUGGUUGACUAGUCCUGUGCGGAGGCUGAGUCAGGGAAAAGCAGAUGGACAGAAGAAACCGCCAAUCAGGAUGAGGAGGCGGGACAACAGGACAGAGAUGACCACACCCCUCACGGGAAAUGCGCAAACGAAGGCGAGGAAGGAGGAGGCGGGGCAUAGUGGUGGGGAGGAGGAGCCAGAGGAAGAAAGCCACACCCCUCUACCACCCCCAAUGCAGAUCAUCAAAGACCCCAACAAUCCUGAGGCUCUAGACUCAGAUCAGGGAUCAAAUGAAUCAGACACGGAGCAGAGAAACAAAGCACUAAGAGGACGCAUGUUUGUCGUUAAUGAGAUGGUCCAAUCAGAGAAGGACUAUGUAAAGGAUCUAGGAGUGAUAGUUGAGGGCUUCAUGUCCCGGCUGGAGGUCAGAGGGAUUCCAGAGGACAUGAGAGGAAAAGACAAGAUUGUCUUCGGCAAUAUCCAGCAGAUCUACGACUGGCACCGCGACUUCUUCCUGGUGGAGUUAGAGCGUUGUAUUCAGAAUCACGACCUGCUCGCUGACCUCUUCAUCAGACAUGAGCGUCGUCUACACAUGUAUGUGGUUUACUGUCAGAAUAAGCCGAGGUCAGAGUUCAUCGUCAUUGAGUAUGAGACCUAUUUCGAGGAAAUCCAACAUGAGAUCAGCUGCAGGAUGUCCAUCAGUGAUUAUCUGAUCAAACCAAUCCAGAGAAUCACCAAGUACCAGCUGCUGCUCAAGGAUUUCCUCAAGUAUACGUCGAAGGCAGGGCUGGACUGUGAGGAGAUUGAGAAAGCGGUGGAGCUGAUGUCGUUGGUUCCAAAACGCUGCAAUGACAUGAUGAACCUGGGACGCCUGCAGGGAUACGAGGGAAAGCUAACGUCUCAGGGGAAGCUGCUGCAGCAGGAGACUUUCUGUGUUUGGGAGCAGGACGGAGGCGUUCUGUCUCGCAGCAAAGAGCGCAGAGUUUUCCUGUUCGAGCAGAUCAUCAUCUUUAGCGAACUGCUGCGCAAAGGCUCCAACAACCCAGGAUACCAGUUCAAGAACAGCAUAAAGGUGAGUUAUCUGGCAAUGCAGGACAGCGUGGACGGUGAUCCCUGUAAGUUUGUGUUGUGGUCUCGUGGGUCGGCAGAGCGCUUCACGCUCCAGGCAUCUUCUGCCAGCAUAAAGAUGACCUGGGUAGAGACCAUUGCUUCCCUGCUGGAUGCCCAGAACAACUUCCUGUCAGCUCUCCAGUCUCCUAUUGAGUAUCAGAGGAAGGAGGGUGUGAUCUCUGUGACACGGCCACUGUCAUCAGGAAGGCCUCCAUCUGCACCGCCCACUCCCAACGGUCACGCAACUCAGCCCCCUCCUGACAGUGAACAGGAAGAUCAGGAACUGGUUCUGGUGCUGCAGGACUUCGUGGCGGUGCGGGAGGAUGAGAUCUCCGUGUUUCGGGGGGAGAAGGUUCAGAUUCUGGCGUCCAACCAGCAGGGUCAGAGUCUGGUCUAUCGGCCGGCCAACAGCGAUUCGCCAGCCGCCGAGGGCUGGGUGUCACGCAGCGUGCUGAACACACACUGACACAUACACAUGAACAAACACACACUGGCAGCAGGGUCAGAAUCUGGUUUACAUACAUACACAAACACAAUGUACAUACACAAACACAAUGACAGCACUCCAAAUACUAAAUGCAAAAUGGGUCAAAAGCAUGUUGGGAAAUAUUUGUGCAGCAAAAAUGUAAACAUGACGAUGGCAAUGUCUGCCUGUCUGGCACUUUGGACAAAAAUAUGUCUCAGUUCUUAAACUGAACCUCCACUUUCUCAUUUUCUCACCUGAUGAGAUUUGUCAGAAACAAUAAUUAGAAAUUAUGUGAAAGUUUUAAGCAUUACAGAAUAUCCUUAAUAUUACAUCUGGGUCCAAGGGGCAACCCUCUAUAGCAACUUCAUGGAUCCCCAAAGUGUGUAACAGUGGAGCUGGAGCAUACUUGCCUGACGUCAACAAAUUAAAGUGUAAUUAGUGUUCUAGUAGGUUGUUUGGUUUUAACUCAAAAUUUCUAACAAUCUUUGUAAAAAGUUGAUUACAGCUUAUUUGAAGUGCAGAAUGGUGUAAUUAUGCCUAAAGAUUGUUCUCAGUCAUAAUAGCAGUAGACUAAGCAGAAUAAACUAGGCCUUAAUGUCCUCAGGCAUCGCCUCCAGAGAGGUAGCAAGGUUGAACUUGCCAAACACCUCACCUAGAAGGUGUUUUCCAGGGAUCCUAGUUGGAUGUAUGAACCACAAGUGGAUCCUUUCAUUGUGGAAUAGAUGCUGUACUUUGAGCCUCUCCCAAAUGACCAAGAUCCUGAUCCAGUCCAGACCCUUCGGGCUAUUAUAAUUUCUUCUGCUUGAAUACUUGUAUCCAAUAUUAGUCCUUGGUCACUCUUUGGUCACUAUUCACAGUUGGGUAUGAAUAGAAAAGGAUAGAGUGUUUGAGUUGUAGUUGAUUGAUGUAGAAUCUCAGGGUCUUGUUCACACGUGGGGGAUAUAAGUGAGUCCUUGUGGUGAACUCAAUCCAAAUGGAAAGUAAAGAUUUGCUACAUGUUUCUCAUGCAAAUACAGUGAGUGGACUAUUUUGCAACCCCCGGUGUUUAAAACCACAAGGAAAACUGCUUCCUUCCAAAGCAUAACCGACUCCAUCACUUUCUUCAGUGAUAAAGUUGAACCAUAUCGAUUCAGCUGUCCACAAACAGCAGUAGUAACAUUCCCCUCCAUUUUGACUGUCAAUGGUGUCAAGAGACUCCAGAGUCAAUGAACUAAUCUCAGCUGGUCCAGUUCUUAUUGGGGGCCUCCUGAGGUUUUCCUAGGACAGACAAGAAGAAAAAAUCUCUCCAGAGAGUUUGGUGUGCACCCUCAGUUAGGCUUAAAAAACCCCCCAAAAGUGAGGAGUUCAACAGGCAUCCUGGUCAGAUUUCAGAACAAGCUCAGAGUUUUCUCUUUCACAAAAUAAUCUCCACCUUACAUUUUUUUUCCAUUGUUGUCUCUUUAUGUAACAGUACUGUGACCCAUCAGAGGGUUAGGAACUGGAGAGGUAGACACUGCCAUCAUUUAUGCUCUGAAGGUUUCCUGACAUGUUUCAGACCCUCAUUACUGUUCAGCAUUUAAGACUUCAAACACACACACACACACAUACACUCUCCCAGCAGCAGGUACUGUUAAUCUCCUCCCUCUUUCCUGGUGCUUCAACAUUCAGCCAGAACACAGUUCUUCACCUCGUUCUAUCAGACGCUGCCGUCAGGGUCCCAAGCAACCAAUAACCCACUCUUAUGACUUCACAAACUGUUCUCUGUGGGUCAGUGGAAGGGAGGUCAUAUGACCAUCAUUACAAUCAUCAUCACCACCAUCCAGAUGGGGACUCCAGGAAGAAAAGACAGUUAAAAAAAAUAAAUAAAUGAAAGCCUCCUGGACGAGAAGAGGCAAAAAGACCUAUCAGCCAAUCAGAACUGAGUUCUCUACGCGUCGUUCUGUUAAUAGUGUGUAUAAAGAGACUGAGGACACACACACACACACUUCAUACACACACCAAUGCUAUGAUGAAGAUGCAGAUGAAGAUUACUAUGAAGAUAAUUAAGAAUAAUAGAAUCUGUUUUUCACCUCAAUAGAGAGAAAAAAAAUGAGAGAAAAUGUUUGUCAUAUUAAUAACUGCGUGCGUGUGCAUGAGAGAGAGGGAGAGCGUGUGUGUGCGUGUGUUAGUAACGCCGUCCUAUGUGUGUGUGUGUUUUUCCACAGACAGUUAGGUGGUGUCCCGGUGUAGCGUUGCCAUGACGAAUCGUUGUGUUUGCGGUGACACCAUUUUUUGUUUGUUUAUUUGUUUGGUUGGUUUUUAUAGCAAACCAGAGCUGCUGCCGCCCUCCUCCCGCCCCGCCCCUUCUCUGUCUUUCUCCAGUCAACAAGGCGGCCUCAGCUUUGGUUAGUUUGAUAUUCUGAUUAUGCAUUUCUCGUUCCUGUAUAUAGACCAGACGUCCAACUGCUACUCUGUGUACUGUGGACACUGAACCGGUCUGUCUCUCAGCAGCCCAACCUACUGUGACUGUCUGUUUCUAGUAAAACCGAAGCUGUAACCUUCAGCACGCUCUCUACCUGUCUCUCUCUAUCUGUCUCUCUCUCUCUCUCUACCUCUCUGUCUCUCUCUCUCUCUGUUUCUCUGGUGCCAUUCUCAGACAACACCCCGGUCCUUAAGGAGCUGCGCAGCCUGUCAGGUGCACUAAAGAGUGGUUAGGGUGGAGGAUAGUGUGCUAUGAAGCAAACUAUGAAUGGUUUAAGUGGUGUUAAAGGAAAAGUUUAAGUUCUUUCAAGUCUAUCUUAAUAUAACUCCUUUAAACUGAUCUAAAAUGUACAGCCUGUAGGCAACAGCUUUCUGGUUUCUGUUAGCAGAAUUAUAAUGACACUAACAAAACUUUCAGUUCCUCUAAUGUCCACUUGAUGCUGCAAAAUGAGUCCCUAUACAUAGUCUCCCAUGUUAAAAUGUCCAACUUCAGCCUGCUACAGAAAACAGUUUUGGUCUAGUUUCCUCCUGUGUAACAACUGUAUGGGGCUGAAUUUAGUUUAUAACUCACAUGUUUCAUUGUGUCAUUAAGGCUUAAAGUUUGCGUUAUUAGGGGCGGGGCCUUGUUGAGUGACAGGUGACACAGUGUAGUUGUAGCUACUAGCUGUCUGCUAGGUUUCACCUCAGUUAUCUGAAGUCACUGAGCUGGACCUUUAGGGUGGGUUUGAAGUGAUUUAUGUAAUUGGGUAAUAAAACAGAAUCACAUCAUCAGCAUAUGGUGAUAUACGCAUAUAGUUUAAACUCAGUCUGUCCUUUCUGGAUCAUUUUUAAGGAUCAAGAAACCAAAUACAGAAUUACAAAUCUCAAAACUAUUAACCAUCUAUAAUUUAGCCGUUUAAACUGUAUUUGCAUUUGUAAACAAUAAAUGCCCAAUGAAAUAGGUAGAUUAUAGCAUUUCCAGAUUAUUACAUUUGUUUGGUUUUUUUGGUUAAAAAAAAGUCAAAAGCUACAACAGAAACCAAGAAACGCCUUAUUCCUGAGCAGGUUUUAAAGGAAAAUAUGUUACUAAAGCUUCUCUUAAUGUGCAUAUGGAAUGUGAUUGGGACUAGUAUAUUAAGACAGACUUGAAGGAAACCUAAUGUUUUCUUAAAGGGCAACACACACCGAUGGCACUUGACUAUGAUAUUCAUUAGACUUUUUAUCCCAGCUACUGCACACCUGGCUUUCUACUAAAUGUCAAACUAUGUUUGGCAGCAUAGCUUUGAUUCAAUCUGCUUGAAAUAUUUUUCUAAGGUGAAUGGUGGACAUCAGAUUGUCCAUAACUUUCUGGUUCAAGAUGGUACUUUGGGUUAAAUAUUAGGCUGUUUGGCAACAUUUACUUUACUGGGUAAUUUCAUGUCAAAUCUCUUAAAUAUUAUAUUAAAAAUCUAAUAUUUAGCUGCAAAUUACACGACAUUUUAUCACAUUUGUUAAACAGUUUAGCUGUAAUUAUGAGGGGAAGCGUUCCUUUCUGCCUGUUGUAUACUGGCUGAAAAAUAGUUAAUAAACUGACGUCUGUUCUCUAAAAAAACAUCCUUGCUAUCAGUUAUCCCUGCUAUAUCUGAGCUUCCGUUCAGCAGUGUAAAUUAUUUUCUUUAGUGUUUUAGACUGAUAAAACACUAUAGUACUGAUUUCUCACAAGACAAACAUUAAAACAAAACAGUAUAGUGUGACCAAUCAACUGUUUCUCAUCUUUUUAAGGAAACAGAUGUCAGUAUACCAACUAUUUCUCAUACUCCCUGAUACUGAAUUUUCUUUUAUUAUUAUUAUUAUUUAAAUGUUGAAUAUGAUGAUCAGUUACUCUUUUUCCUUUAUAAUUGGGGAUAAACUGGUUUCUUCAAAUUACUUGUUAAUUUGCAGCUAAACAGCAGCAAGCCUUUUCAGGAAACUGGAAACAAAUUACACAAAUGUCCAAGUUUGUAGUGAAAAAGCAGAAAAAGACAGUGUUAAUGUCUUGUAAUAGUCAUUAUAAAUACCAACAUCCACUUCUUCACAUAAACAUGCAAAUACAAAUUAUGACUGUCUAAAAUAUAAGUUAAUAUCGAGUCCUUAAAGACCUUCAAGCUACUUAACAUCAACAUGACAUUCGUCAGGUGAAUGACCCUUAAAAACAGAUGCCACUUUGUUCCCUUUACAGAGCUGGCAACGGAUUUUGUGUCAGUGUGAUAACUGUCAAUGCAAAAAAACAAAAAAAUGUUUAUAGUGUUCAAAAUGCUUAAAACAUGAGCAAGGUCACAACUUUGGAACUCGGAGUGCACCAGAAGGGUUUCAAUUUGAUUGCCGAGCAUUUCAAAAGGAACUCUAACAGGUGGAAAGCUGUGCAUUAUGAAGAGUUUUAAAGUUAAAUGUAUUGCACAAUGAAGGUGCUACAAAGUAAAGCUUAAAAUAAAAUGUGGACCAUGAUUAAAGGUGUAAGAUGGAUAACUGUGCACUAUAGAGGUGUUAUAAGGUGGGAAAUAGCACACAGCUUAGAAAU